GUUCUCAACACCUGUCAGAGUCAAGGCCCACGAAUUGGGCAGGAAAAUUUUGUAAAGGAAUUCGGUUUGGAGACGACCAUGGAACCACCCACCAAGUCAGACAUUGAAAGUCUUACAUAACAAGAUUGGAAAACGAUUUGGUUGCCAAAAGUGCCUUGAGUGUGCCUGCUGACUUUUAAUCCUGACCAAGUAGUGCCUUGGGAGAAAUCCCUGAUUAGAGAAGUCCACAAAUGUCGGGCCACUACCAACGCCAGAGCCUAGAGCUUCGGAGUCCGGACAGUGGAUCAAUAGAUGAUCCCAAUAGACGUUUGCGGAACCAUUCCGGAUCUUCUGCCAGCCAGCGCCGACGGCAACAGCGUGUGGCCCAGCAGCGGCAGGAUUCGUGGUUCCGACACUCAAUGCCGCCGGCCAUUGACCGGGAUUUCGAGUCACUGGAGCACCUAACCCCAAGGGUCUCGGCAGGCCUGGAUGAACAGCUGGCAGCCUCUGUCUCGCAUAGUGCCCAUAGUGGUGGCAGCGUGACGCUAUGUGGACCUACGGAUCAUUCCAGCAUCCACCUGAACAGUGCCAAUAGUAACCUCGGCUUCAUCGACUCGGACACGCCCAAUGCGCCGGUGACCCCGGUCUCUGGUCUCCAGCCUCCUGCUUCAGUAUCCACCUCGGUGGCAGGGACUUUGUCGUCACGUCGACGUUCGUCCAACCGCAAGGAUUCCAAAGGCUCCAUAUUAUCACGACAGAGCGGCAGGAGUAGGGUUUCUGUCCUGGCACAACGGGGUCUGCGAAUGACCGCCUCAUUCCUGCGAAGGAAGCGAACGGAGUACGAAGACGAUGAGGACUUCACCUCGUCCGCCGGCUACGAUGCAGAUGAUGGGGAGAGGCGUGUCAUAAACCUAAAUGGGCCACAGCCCACUAAGUACUGUAAUAAUCGCAUAACGACGGCAAAAUAUAGUUUCAUCAGCUUUUUGCCAGCGUUCCUGUUCGAGCAGUUUAGGCGGUAUUCCAACUGCUUUUUUCUGCUAAUUGCCAUGCUGCAACAAAUCCCGGAGGUGUCGCCUACGGGUCGUUACACCACGCUAGUGCCACUGAUGUUCAUCCUCUCGGUGAGCGCCAUCAAGGAGAUAAUCGAGGAUAUUAAACGACAUCGUGCGGAUAAUGAGAUCAAUCAUAGAUUAAUCGAACGCCUGGAUAGCGGCUCCUGGAGCACAGUUCGCUGGUCGGAGCUGAGUGUGGGCGAUAUCAUAAAAGUGGGAAUUAAUAGCUUCUUCCCCGCCGAUCUGAUACUCCUCUCGUCCAGUGAACCCCAGGCCAUGUGCUUCAUAGAGACGGCCAAUUUAGAUGGCGAGACCAACCUGAAGAUCCGACAGGCCCUUCCAGCCACCGCUGAACUGCUGGAAACGAAGGAUCUGCAGCGUUUAGAGGGUAGGAUCGAGUGUGAACUGCCCAAUAGGCAUUUAUACGAGUUCAAUGGUGUGCUUAAGGAGACCGGAAAGCCACCCGCUGCAUUGGGCAAUGAUCAGGUGCUGCAACGUGGUGCCAUUCUCCGGAAUACGGCUUGGGUGUUCGGAAUAGUCGUUUACUCCGGCCAAGAGACAAAGCUAAUGAAGAACUCUACCUCGGCGCCACUGAAGCGUUCCACCGUGGACAAGUUGACUAACACCCAGAUCCUCAUGCUCUUCAUGAUCCUCAUAUCGCUGUGCAUUGUCAGCGGUCUGUUCAACCUGUUCUGGACGCGAGAGCACUCGGAAACGGACUGGUACCUGGGCCUCACUGACUUCAAGACCAAGAGCCUUGGCUACAAUCUGCUGACCUUCUUCAUCCUCUAUAACAACCUGAUCCCCAUCUCACUACAGGUGACCCUUGAGCUAGUGCGUUUCCUGCAGGCCAUCUUCAUCAACUACGACAUCGAGAUGUAUCAUGAGCAAUCCAACACACCGGCUAUGGCCCGAACCUCGAACCUGAACGAGGAGCUGGGCAUGGUUAAGUACAUAUUCUCGGACAAGACGGGCACUCUAACGCAGAACGUAAUGGAGUUCAAGAAAUGCUCCAUUGCUGGAUAUGUCUACACACCAGAGCGGACGCCGGAGGAGUCACAGCUGGUGCAGAAUAUCCUCAGUCGCCAUCAGACGUCUGCCGUGAUCGAGGAGUUCCUGGAGCUGUUGUCUGUGUGCCAUACAGUGAUCCCUGAGCGGAAGGAAAACGACGAUAUAAUCUACCAUGCAGCUAGUCCGGAUGAGCGGGCGCUGGUAGAAGGUGCUCAGAGAUUUGGCUACAUCUUCGACACGAGAACCCCGAAGUACGUGGAGAUCAAUGCACUGGGCGUACGGAAGAGAUACGAGGUGCUGAACGUACUGGAGUUCACAUCGUCGCGCAAGCGCAUGUCACUAAUUGUUCGGACUCCGGAUAACAAGAUCAAGUUAUUCUGCAAGGGAGCGGAUACGGUCAUCUACGAGAGGUUGGCUCCCCAGGGGCAAGCCUUCCGAGAACAGACGUUGCGUCAUUUGGAGGAGUUUGCCUCGGAUGGUUUGAGGACCCUUUGCUUGGCGGUGGCCGACAUUCGGCCGGAUGUGUACCAAGAGUGGAGCCAGACCUUCGACAAAGCCUCGGUGGCUCUGCAGAAUCGGGAGAGUAAACUGGAAGAUGCGGCCAAUCUGAUUGAAAACAAUCUCCGCCUGCUAGGCGCUACAGCCAUUGAGGAUCGCCUGCAGGAUGGUGUGCCCGAAACGAUUGCUGCCCUUCUGGAUGCCGGUAUCUAUAUCUGGGUUCUUACUGGCGACAAGCAAGAGACCGCCAUCAAUAUUGGUUACUCCUGUCGCCUCAUUAACCACUCAAUGGAAAUCAUUGUCCUCAAUGAGGAGAGUCUUGAUGCCACCCGCGAAGAUAUCCAUCGUCACUAUGGAGGUUUUAAGAGUACAUCGGCGAAGGAUGCAAAUGUGGCACUAGUCAUCGAUGGAACCACCUUAAAGUACGCCCUUAGCUGUGAUCUGCGCAAUGAUUUCCAGGAUCUGUGCCUUCUAUGCCGCGUGGUCAUCUGCUGUCGGGUUUCCCCAAUGCAGAAGGCUGAGGUGGUCGAGAUGGUUACCCAGAGUACGAAUGCGGUGACCCUGGCCAUUGGUGAUGGUGCCAACGACGUGGCCAUGAUCCAGAAGGCAAAUGUGGGUAUUGGUAUAUCUGGAGUAGAAGGUCUGCAGGCGGCCUGCGCCUCGGACUACUCUAUUGCCCAGUUUCGUUAUUUGCAACGCUUGUUGUUAGUCCACGGUGCUUGGAACUAUGCUCGGAUAUCCAAGCUGAUCUUGUAUAGCUUCUACAAGAACGUGUGCCUGUACGUGAUCGAGCUAUGGUUUGCCAUUUAUUCCGGCUGGUCAGGUCAAAUCAUCUUCGAACGCUGGACCAUCGGCCUGUAUAAUGUUCUCUUUACGGCUAUGCCCCCGUUUGCCAUGGGACUCUUCGAGAAAUUCUGCACUGCAGAUACGAUGCUUCGGUACCCGAUGCUUUACAAAACAUCGCAGAACGCGAAGCUCUUCAAUGUGAAGGUGUUCUGGAUCUGGAUAUUCAAUGCCCUGCUACACUCCGUGUUUCUCUUCUGGCUGCCAUUGGCGGCCUACUCGAAUGAGGCGAUAUGGGGUGAUGGCAAGACCAGUGAUUAUCUGUUUAUGGGCAAUCUAGUGUACACGUAUGUCAUUGUAACAGUUUGCCUGAAGGCUGGACUUAUUACUAAUUCAUGGACUUGGCUAACUCAUCUAGCCAUUUGGGGCUCGAUAGCUAUGUGGUUCAUGUUCCUGUUGAUCUAUAGCCAUGUGUGGCCAACGUUCAAGUUUGCUAGCAACUUCCGCGGCAUGGACAUCCAGUUGCUAUCGUCGCCCGUAUUCUACUUCUGCUUGAUACUGGUGCCCAUAACCACGCUGCUGAUCGAUGUGAUCUGUAAACUAAUACAUAAUACUGUGUUUAAGACACUAACGGAGGCUGUUCGCGAGACCGAGAUCCGACGCAGCGACAUCUCCGAAGUGAUGAACGAACCGCGAUCUUCAUUAACGGAAACGGCCCGGCUGCUACGUAAUGUCUUUAUCCGUCGUGCCAACACAAGAGUCGAAACGGAUCUCGAGCUAUCGCAUGGCUAUGCAUUUUCCCAGGAGGAGGGCGGAGCUGUGCCGCAGUCAAUCAUUAUACGUUCUUAUGAUACAAAUCUGCCAAAGCCCGAGGGAAACUAAACCGGAAGUUGCUGGCCGUUACGGAUCUAACGGAGCACAUGUGUAUAUAGGAAAAACCCGCUAAGAACAACGUUCAACAUUUAGAUUUCUAUAUUGGUAUUUAGAAUUCAACAAAUCAGAGCACAUUUCUGGUAGGCCAAAAUAGCAGAAACCCAUCACAUUUAUUCUCUAUGUGUCUUACGCUUGCAGUAAUCCGAACAUAUUUCUUAGAAGCCACACAUAUAAGUUUAUCUAACUUUGCUGUUAUUUAUUUUUUAAGAUCGCGAAACUAAAAAAAAGGAAACAUAACACAUAUUUAAGAGGCUAAAGUUCGGUUUUUUUUUCGUAUCUGUCCAUGGCGCUGCUUUGUGAUACGGAUACAGACUUGCAUUCUUUUUUAAAGUGUAUCUCUAAGUAAACUGUAAACAUUUGUACCUACAUAUAUGCAUUACAUAAUUGUGAAUUUCAAAAACAAACUUAUUGAUGUCGGCUAAGACUCUGUAUUUUUCGGUCACCGAACCGAUGAUAUUCAAAGAAAAUAAAUCAUAUUUCUCGUA